AUGAAGGCUAGGAGUGACUCUCGGGCCCUGUCUGGUCACUCUGACUCCACUUCCCUCCACCCGACUGUCUCCUCGGUUGAACAUGAGCUACGAAGUAUCCACAAGCAUUCCAUCCGAAAACUACGAUCAAAGAAGAGUCAUCACCGGUCUCACUCUCGUUCUCGCUCUUCUUCCUCAUCCUCCACUUCCUCCCGCAAAGAGGAACUUCGCGCCCUGCGCGACUCCGUCAGAGCUCUCCGUGCUAACCCGCACUUACAGAACCUGUCGGAACCAAUUCACCCACUAGAAGAUUUCAUCUCCUCUCCGAAGAAGUUACUUUCUGAGGCCUGGUAUGCUGUUGGCUUAGAUGAACUGCUCAACCUCGUCCCACUGUCUCUCCUUGACUCCUGUCGACGGCGAGAGCGCAAACAUCCGCCUCGCAGCAGUUGUCUCCCUUCUAACUGGCCGCCUUUUCCAACUCACGAGUGUUCG